CUGUCUGAUUUUGCACUUGCUAUUGACCAAAACGUUCUUUGGUUUCUAACAUUUGUGACGAGUGGUAUCAGAGCCAGGUCGAGUGAGGACUUGAGGAGCUUCUUGAUCACGAGCUUGAUCUUGGCGCUUCAGAAGAUCAGAAAGUUGCAGUCAGGAGGAAACAAAAUCAAUAAGGUGAAGCUCCAAACCUUGAGGAGACAGUACGAGUUACUAAUCGAGGGAUAUUGCAAAAUAAAGAUUAAGGAACUUCAGAGUUCCUUAAAGGCUUAUGAGAUGAGGCUGCUUGAUAGAAAUCCUAUCAAGAAUGAAGAACAAGCUUUGAAAGUACACCAUUCCAGGAAUGAUGAGAAAAAGAAGCACAAGAAAUGGAAAGGGAAAUGUACAAAAGGGAGUUGGAAGGCUGAUAAGGUCAAGGAUGAUCAAGAUGACAAACCUAUAUCAGUGGAAAAGAGUGAAAGGUCAGAGAAGAGUUAUCAAAAGAAGGAUAAAAGAAGUGUUGAAUGCUUCAAUUGUCACAAUUAUGAACAUUACUCGUAUAAGUGUUAUGCUGAUAAGAGUAAGCGGAAGAAAUAUCAAGGAAAAGAGGCUUACAUUGGACAAGAAGAUUCAGAUUUAGAGCCACUGAUUUUGAUGGUAACCACUUAUGCAGAAAACUCUAACUGUCAAGCUGACUUGUGGUACCUAGAUUCUGGAUGUUCAAAUCAUAUGACAUGCCACAAAGAAUGGUUGAUCAAUUUUUAUGCAACGAAGAAAAGUAAGGUGAAGUUUGCUAAUGAUAACACGUUGAAGGUGGAAGGAAUUGAAGAUGUGGUUAUUCGAAGGAAGAAUGGUUCGCAUGCUAUAAUAAUCAGUGUGUUAUUUGUCCCUGCCAUGAAGUGCAAUUUAUUCAACAUUGGCCAGUUGGUUCAAAGAGGGUUUACAGUAGUGAUGAGAGGUUACAAUAGAGUAGAGUUGAAUGAUGUAAACAAGAAUUUGAUCCUAAGAUGCAAGAUCUCCAAGAAUAGAACUUUCUAG